UCCAAUCUACGAGAAGAAGAAGCAGCAGCAGCUCCACAUUACAACCGACAGAGCUGCAUUCUAUUAUAAUAUAUAUAUUUCUAUAUAUAAUCUAAUAUGAGAGAGCACUACUGCUCGGUUGUCGGCUGCAGGCUGCAGCACCGAGCCUUACACACUCUCCCAGCCUCAGAGGAGCUCCGACUGCAGUGGAUCCACUUUAUAUACGACGGGAAAGUCCCGGUUCCAGUCGGUAAGAAACCGAUUGUGUGUGCCAACCACUUCCUGUCGGACUGCUUCCAGAACCUGGGUCAGUACAAUGCCGGACUGGCUGCAAAGCUGCUACUGAAAGAGGGAGCGGUACCGACCGUCCGUGGACCGACAGCAGGGGAGGACACCGCGAGCACAUCUGGAGUGAUUGCCGUGGUGAAACAUGUGGCGUCCCAGACGGACCCGCCAACAACACGCACAACGGGAACGCAGCUCGGAAUGAAGACUCUCCAACCUCAUUUCAGAAGCACAGGCACACAGAAUACAGUUUCUUGCACUGACGUUGGUGUCGGCACCUCGGCUGUUGCAUUCUCUGCAUCACGGCCGGUUCCAACAUCGAUAAAGAGCCAAUGUAAGAGACGUCGCUUGGAGGAGGAGGAGGAGGAGGAGGAGAACCUUUUAAACGGCAGUUCUGUUGACACUGAAGAACCACAUGAUCGUACAGACGACCCUGCAGACACCUCGAGCGAGUCAGCAGACGUGACACUGAAAUCUUCUCCCGCCGUCUGUAAGACUCACACUGUGUAUGAGAGCUGCCUGAUGGAGCUGUUUGAGGAGUGUCCUGUGUGUCAGCGGGAAUGUGACGUACGGAGCAGACCGUCGGGAACGUUCCUCUCUGUGGAACAACGCUGUCUACACUGUGAGUUCUACAGGAAGUGGAACAGCCGGCCUCCUGCUGGGAACCUGCAGCCGUCCACUGCACUUCUUUAAGCUGGAUAAGGACUGUCUGAGGAACUGUUGAGAACUGAAUUUGAGUCCUGCAUUCUUCAAGUUUUUAUAAAUAAAGCUGUUAAUUUGGAAAUAAAUCACCAUUGUCUGGAUAUUUGUACAAUGUGUUCACAAUCUUAUUUUGCUUUUUAUUAUUUUCCCUCCCAAGACUUUAGCUGCCCCCCUGCACUGCAGUGAUACUGCAGAGCGUCCACAGGCAGCAACCUCAGCUGGUGAGCUGCUGUUCAGGCUCCAUUUCCCAAAGUGGAAGAAGAGAGAAAGCCCAGCAGAGCCAGUGAAUGAACCGACCUUCAAUUAUAUGGAUGAAAUCUUGGACCUGCUGUUUGAGAAGGUUUUUCGGGACCCCGGACCGUAGAGGAUCUCUCUGUGCAGUUCGACACACCGGACCAGAACAACCCCACGUACAGGCCCUGAGCGUCGGGGAACCUCCGUGUACGCAGAACCACGCAGAACCACACAGAACCACACAAACUCUUCGGCUCAGAAAGCCCCAACACCAGCUCACAAAGCUCCUAUAGUAUCUGUAACAGCUGAACAGAGUGGACAUAUUCAGUUAUACAUUUACAUUUAUAUUUAAUAUCAUUUAUGAUGACCCACAUUUUUUUGUUGUAAAUAUAUAUAUUACCUAUUGUUUAACUUUAAACCAGUUUGUACAUUCAAUAACUUUUUGAAUAAUUUUUCAAGUUGUGUGUUGUUUGCUGUAUUUCUAAAAAUAAAACUAUUCUAUUAAAA